GAUUUUUUCAUUACUCAAUUUUCUGGCUUGGAAGCCCACCAGAGACGCAAUUGAGGAUCCCCUCCAUUUGCGUUCAAAGAGAACUCCAGAGUCAAACUGCAAACACCUCACUCUUGCCUUUGUGACUCAAACCAAACUCACUUGCCUUUUGUUAUUUAAUUCACCAUGGCAGGCACCUGAACUUCACCUUCCACCGAAAUCAAUUCCCUUUCGGUCAUGACAACUUCCUCUCCGAUAACAUGCCUGUGACACUAGUACUGGGCUCCCAAUGGGGCGACGAGGGCAAAGGCAAGCUCGUCGACAUCCUCGCCUCGUCGGCCUCCAUGGUCUGCCGCGCCGCCGGUGGUAAUAACGCAGGACACACCAUCGUCGUCAACGGCACCACCUAUGACUUCCACAUUCUUCCCUCGGGCCUGAUCAACCCAUCCUGCAAGAUCAACCUCAUUGGAACCGGCUGCGUCGUGCAUAUCCCCAGCUUCUUCAAGGAACUCAAGGCGCUAGAAGAGAAGGGUCUACAAGGUGUCCGGGAACGCAUCCUCAUCAGCGACCGCGCGCAUGUUUGCUUCGACUUGCACGGCGUGGUCGAUGGUGUCGCAGAGGACAAGAGCAAGACCAUUGAAGGCGGCAAAGGCAUGAUUGGUACUACUCGUAAGGGUAUCGGACCAUGCUACAGUGAUAAGGUCGCUCGCCGCGGCGUCACCUUCUGGAUGCUUGUGAACGAAGAGCAACGAUGGCAGAAACGCCUGCGCGAUCUUGAAGCUGGCUACCGCAAGCUCUACGGCGAUGCAGCGCUACAAGGAUACGAUGUCGAGGAUGAAAUCAAGAAGCUGCGCGACUACCGAACCGAGCUACAGCAAUACGUGGUCAGUCAAACCCCAUUGCUUGCGCAGGCGGUCGGCGGACAAGGUAUCGCAACGGCAACCUCCAAUGGCGAUGCCGCCCGCCCUGGGCCAAAUGUCCUGAUCGAAGGUGCCAACGCGCUCCUCCUUGACAUCGACCACGGCACUUAUCCAUACGUCACCUCCAGCAAUACUGGCCUGGGAGGCGUGUUCACGGGUCUGGCAGGCCUGAGCCCUCGUGCCCUGGCGGCUCCUGGAAGCAACAUCGUUGGCGUGGUCAAGGCGUACACCACAAGAGUCGGCUCGGGUCCAUUCCCUACAGAGCUCGAUCCGAGCAUCUCAGAGGUUGAUGCAGAUUAUGGCGAACGGUUACAGCGCAUCGGACGUGAGUUCGGGGUGACCACCGGCAGAAAACGACGCUGCGGCUGGAUGGAUCUGGUGCUUGUCAAGUAUUCAACGGCGGUCAAUUGCUAUACGCAAAUCAACUUGACCAAACUUGAUGUGUUGGACGACUUCGAGGAGAUUCGCGUGGCCACGGCCUACAAGAUAGACGGCCAGGAUCAAGAUGUCUUCCCAGCAGACUUGGACGCCCUAGAGCGGGUGGAGAUCGUGUACAAGACAUUCAAGGGAUGGCAGACGAGUACGACGGGCUGCAAAACAUUCGAAAGUCUUCCACAGCAGGCUAGGGAGUAUGUGGAGUACAUUGAGCGCGAGGUGGGUAUCCCGAUCAAGUGGAUCGGAACAGGCCCUCGCAGAGAAGACAUGAUAAUGAGGUAAACAGACCCUCGUUGGCUUCCGGGAAGGCGCCCAUUGCAUCAACACAGCUUUUUCAUAGAGUGUCGCUUCACAGAAUAGCCACCACACCUGCAAUAGCGAUUACCGCUGCAGCAAAACUGCCCACCUGUUUGACAUCUGCCGCAGCAUUUCCCGUCGCUGAAGUUC